CCACCUCUGCUCUGCUCGCAGCUCGCUCUCAUGUCCUCUCCCGGCUCCCGUAGACAUUCCUCCGUUGUCAGUGUGUGUGUGUGUGUGCGGUGUCAGACGAACCGUCGGCGAGCCAGCAGCCCAGCAGCUCCAGGUCCGAAACCAUGGAAGAGAUAAACAACAUUGAAGUGGUUCCGUGCACAGAGUCCGACUACCUGAAGCCGCUCAGGGUGCACUACAACCAGAAUGGCACAAAGAAAUCCUGGGACUUCAUGCGAACCCAUGACAGUGUAUCAGUGCUGAUCUUCAACACCACCUCACACUGUUUUGUUCUUGUCAAGCAAUUCCGUCCAGCUGUAUACAUGUGUGAGUGGGAAAGGACCAAGACACAGCCGCCCCAGUCUGCUGAAAAAAUUGAGGAGGGAGCCGCCGAAGCUGCCGCUGCCUCCGAGUCUCAGGAGGGCCAGUCAGCCUCAGAGGGGGAGAGCUCUUCUCAGUGGCCCCCGGCCACGGCGGGGAUCACCUACGAGCUCUGCGCUGGCCUGGUGGACAAACCUGACCUGUCCCUGGAGGAGAUCGCCCGGCAGGAGGUGCUGGAGGAGUGUGGCUACGAUGUGCCUGCCUCCAAACUGAAGAGGAUCACCUCUUACAGGUCAGGUGUAGGCGUAACAGGCUCCAAGCAGACCAUGUUUUACGCCGAGGUGUCUGACGACAACUGCGUGAGUGCAGGUGGAGGUGAGCCACGGGAGGGCGAGCUCAUCGAGGUGGUCAAAGUCCCGCUGCACGAGGCCAUGACGUUUGCCUACGACGAGCGUAUACCCAAAACCAUGGGCGUCAUUUUUAGUUUCAUCUGGUUCCAUAAUAAUAUGUCUCCCAAGUACAAGAUCUCCACCAACGUGUAACUAGUAUUAACCAAUCCUCUUUUUACCGUUUAUUCCAAAUUAAAUCAAACACUGGUCCAGCACAUCCAUCCACUCUUCCCCUCAUGGCUCUUCAUCCUGUAUUGCCUUUUUGCUUAUUGGUACAUGAUGAAAGAUGGGCCCCUUGUCUUGUUGCCAACAUGUAUCUUUAAGUUUUGUCCUGUUUACCUUUUAAACUACAUGCAGUCUUAAUAUAUUUUAAAAAACAAAAAAAAAUAGCUGGUUGUCACUGGCACUUUUGUCUCUUCUUGAUUUUUUUAUUUAUUUAUUUAUUUUUUAUGUACUGUGCCAUCUGUUAUAAAUGGCUGCAUAUCACCGAUUUCAUUUGCCUGCCCUUGAUUAAAGGAAUACUCCACUGCUUUUAGCGUAGACUCUUUAAUCUCAAUAUUUUAAAUACGCCUGAUUCUGGCUGAGAAACGACAUUUAACUUUCUGCUUACAGUCAAAUUCCAACUUGUUUGAACUAACUUGCUAGUAUUGGCAUUGGAGUUAAUGCAAACAUUUCUACUUGCCUGACAAAGUGUCUCACAGGAGGUUUUUUUUCUACUGGUCAUCACUUCAACCUUUAAAGAUGUAGAGAUACAGUAAAGAGAACCAAAACAAACCAGUGGAGUAUUCCUUUAACCCAUGAUCCAGUAAUGCAAAAACUAUGCUAGUCAAUGGUGGGGCCAUGUAAUAGGGCCUUGUAACGGUCGAGGUGAUAGAUGUGUUUAAACCACCACUUGCUCAAGCAUGCCUCAAUUAUUUUUCUCUGACCCACAGCCUUUAAGCAAUACUUAUCAUAAUCCCCCCCAGGCUAAACAAUCAUUCCAUGUCACUGAAAUAACUCUCACUCUGUUAGAAAAUGUUCACAAAGUCACAUCGGUGGACAUAUUAGCAGACUUUUCAUUCAACGAGCAAAGACAACAAGCUACGGCUGCACUGAGGGCCUAAUUUCAGUUUUAACUGUGUCGUCGUUCUCAAGCACAAUCCUGCAAUGUGUUACCGUUUGUCAGCGAAUAACCUGAAAACCCAUGAACAUGGAGAGGAGUUUAAAUUUAUAUUGCAUAUUUUUUUUCCUGAGACAAAAAAGAACAGUAGAGAAGACGCUGUAUACAGGCUAAAUCCUCGAAGGAGUUAAAGAUUACAUUAUGAACACAUUAAUGCAGGUUUAUGAGCAUAUUUAAAAGGACUUAAACCAUCUAAAAGACUGCUUUUGAUCAUAAUUCAUUUUAAAGUAGUAAAUCUUGGAUGGUCAUUAACACACAAACCUAAUCUCACAAAGCGAACAGCAGUUUUCUAAACUCAGGUCCAAAUAGUCUGUUGGUCAUGUUCAGGGUGGAUCUCUGAAUGUGAUGACAACCAGCAUGUAUAUUUAAAAAAAAAAACAAUUCACAUGCAGCUUAAAGGCAACAACGUUCUUAAUAUUCAUACUAUAUGUAUUUUACUUCAUUCAAAAAGGGCUGGUACUUCAUUAUUAAUUACUAUGUGAUUGCCCCACCUUUUAGUUUUGUCAAAAAAAUAAAAAAAUAUGCAAGUUGUGAAGCAAAAAUAAUGCUGUUAUUACCUAAUACUGAUAAUGCUAGUAAAUUACCACUCACUUAAAACAUUUCAUUCCAAAUUAAAGGCCCAGUGUGUAGGUUGUAAAUGCAACUGAAUACCCCUCACCUCACCCUUCCAAGUGUGUAGGCAUGCUUGGCUGUCCAUUGUGGUUCAAGAUGGCUGAACCGCUGUCUUUGUUAGAUAUAAAGCUCAUUCUAAUGUUACAAAAACUUUUGACAAUUCUUCUUUUCAGAUGAUUAUAAACAAAAAUAUUAAAUUUCUGCCAAUAGACCCUCCUAAAUGUUACACACUGGACCUUUAAGAGAACUCCAGCACAGAUCUUUAGCUGCUCUUCUUAAUGCACAACAGACAGUACAGUUAUUAUUUGUAUGACCUGUAAGUGCAAUGUUAGUAAUAACUUUAAUAUACUCAGAUGUUAAAGUCUUAUCAAACAAGUUCCCAUAAAACAAUUUAGAGCUGAUGUAUUUGACUGAAUUCUGGUGUGAAAUUAAGAAAUACUGCAGGAUUUAUUUUUUUAAAUCGGAUGAAUAACUGACAAUCAGAUGUCAACAUUUGUCUUUUUUUGUUCAUUUUAUGUUAAUUUGCUCAUCAGCUUUAUAUCCUUAUCAACAGUUCUCUUAGAAGAGGCACCAUUUUCAGACAUCUCCACAUGAGCUCUGAAAGUCAAAUCAUUUCCAUCUGCUCAAACAAAGUCAAAAGAAUUUAGCCAAACUUAAUGUGUUUGGUUUCAUACAUAGUCAGAUAUUUGGAAUAUAUGCAGAACUUUUAAGCCAUAUUUAUCUCCCUCUACGCCCAAUCUUUGAGCUUGUUUGUCCGUCUGUCCACUGGAGAUCAUUUCUUGAUGUAUUAGAUUGUAUUGUUUGCUGGAACUGCUUGAAUUAUUUUUAUUUUGUAUUUUUCUUGGAGGAAGAAAAGAUGACUAACCUAAGUUGAUUCAUGUCCUCUCAAAGGAAGCAACCAAACCUGAUUAAUAGUAGAUGUGUAACACUAAAUCAGAUUCUUUGUAAAUUCUGAUACAAAACUUCAAAUGCACACAAACAACAGGACGUUUAAUAUUUGGAACAAUUUGGAAAAAUGUGGAAAGCACCUUUGGAAAACCAUUAAAUUACCACUGGACCACUUCUUCCAAGAGGCAUGUAGAGUAAAUCAACAACACUAACAGGGCUUUUAAACUUCGCGUCACGAUAACCAACCGCCAUCAUAUCUUUAGGUGUUUAUUUAGCUUUCAGGAAGUUAUUUGUUUGGCACCUUUCCCUCAUUACCUCCUUAUUAUCUCCACCUUCUUCCAUGUGACACGCUUUUGUCUUCAGUUGAUUAAAGUCUAAGUGGAUCUCAACACUUGUUGAGAGACGUUUAAUGGAGAGCCUCAUGGAAAGAUUCCCAACGGUGCUCGCAAUUUUCCAUUGUUUUGUUCCAUCGUAUGAAAUAACGAAGAUGGUCCUCUUUAUAUCCAGGAUUGACUCAUUAGAAAAUAAUCUGUAGCCCACGUUUUAAAGGGGUUAGCCAUAAUCAUUUGAAAGUUGAUGGAAAAAAAAUCCUCUACAUAUUAAAAUCAAAUAUCAGAAAUCAGAAAUAUCAUGAAAUGUAACAAACAAAGCCAUUUUAACUCUUAAGGCCAGUCUGUAACUUUAUGUCCCUGUCAAAUGUGGAGAACUAGCAUCACGACUUCUCUUUUGGCCGAAAUUCUUUUUCUUUUCGAGGAAAGUUAUCGCAAAAAGGCUUUUCCUUUGCCUUUCCCGUAGGCUUGUCACUGUGGGCGGCAAAAGCCAGCAAGCCAACACCGGUACAUACUUCUCCACACCUUCCCUCCAACUAUUAUCUGAGAGUCGAGUGCAUUUAAUGAACAUCACAGAGGGCAUAGAGUUGUCUUAAUGAUUGACGCACUGAAAACAAAGGUGACAUUUACAAAAAUAGAUAGCAAGUGGGUGGGAGCUCUAACGUCUAAUGAUGUGAUGAUUUCAGCUCGAUUGUUACAGAGAACUCAGUUGCCAAAAGAAACACAAGCACUUCAGGUUCAGCUGGUUCAGCCAGCAUCUCUCUAUAUAGGCAUUUAAGUAUAUGCUGUAUAUUUAAUUUUCGUGAGGCCUCUAUAUUAUUUUUGUUCAGCCUGUGGAGUUCAAACUUACAAGUUCAUGUUAUCAGACCUGCAGUCUAUUUUAUACCAUUUUUAAUUAGUUUUAUAAGCUAUGUUUUUAUAAUUAUUAUGUUGAUUAAAUCUUAUGUGUGUUUUUGUGUUAAAUGCUAAAAUUUGAGUUUAAAGCCAAAUUUUGCACUCUUACAGUGUUGACUUUAUUCUAAAGGAAGCCGUGAAAAAGGCACUUACACUGGUGAUUAGCAGUGUUCUUGGAGGAGUUUGAUGUUUCAGAAGAAAAAAAAAAAA